UUCUUUUUCUCCUCUUCCCUGGCUCGCUGUCACCAUCUGUGGCACAGUCAUUCUCUGUCACUCUCCUUACCACCCCCUCAUUCUUCCUUUCUCUCUUGUUACCUCUCUCCCUGCAUCACUCCUUCUCUCUCCCCUGCUCUUUCUCUCCUUACUCCUUUUCUCCUGCUCCUCAGGCAUCUCUCCUUCCCUCACCAAGCACUCCCGCUCCAUCUUGCUACCCACUCAUUGUGUCUUUCCAACCCCCUCAUUCCUCUAUCCCUCUAUCUUCUAUCCCUCUCCCCUUACCGAGUUUCCUUUAUUCUUAUUGGCUUCUGAGGCUGCCCGACACCCUCAGGAGCUCUCCUUCCCUCAUGGAGGACCUCUCCCUAAAUUCUUCCCCACCCCCAACACCCACCUCUUGACCUCUUUUUUGUACCCAAGCUCCUUCCAGGAGGCACCUGAGAGAUGUGGGGAGAAUCGCCCACCAUCGAUGGGAAGGCAGGGAUGGAGAUCAUAUGGGAGACCCUCAGCAGACAGAUGUGGCCAUCUCGGGGCUAGUGGGGUGCCCCCUGGUGGGACACAGCUGGAAGCUAGAGGCUGGGGCACUGGGAGGGCAAACUACAACGGGAGACCAGACUCUAAGAAAGCCCCUGGGCCCAGUCAAAGAGCUGUGGGAGCACCCUAUCCCAGACAAGAGAAGAGGGGGAACAGAUGAAUCAACGAGGGAGCCCCUCAUCUCACAAGCAGGGGACUGCUGAGUGGGUGGAAAGCCUGAACCAUAUGAAGGGACGAUGGCCCAGACUGAAAGACACAGCAGGAAGGGGAGCAGUCAGUGACUCACUGGGCCCCAAGGGGCAGAGCUCUCGGACAGAGAUGGGGCAGAGGAGGAGGUGGAGGGAGCCAAGGGCGAUGAGCUGGAGCAUGGACUCAAUGCCAGUCUGCAGAACGCCCUUGUGGCUCCUGCACCACAGGGUCCAAAGCUGAAGGGACCACAAUCCUGCAUUUUCUGGGUGACCUUGACCAAGGAUUGGAGUUGACUGGUAGCCCUUGGAAUUGACCUCUGCUGACCACCAUCUUUGCCCCUUUCCCACUCAGCUGGCCUCUCUACCCACCAUGGACACCACCAGCUUUCCGUCUCCAGUGCCUACAUCCUCAGAAUCAGGGAAUGCCUCUCUCACUUGGCCAGAAGACCCUUUCAUGGGAAAUCUGUCCGCACCCCCAGCCAGCACCAGGCUAUAUGUGAGUGGUGUAUUGAUCCCUCUGGUAUACCUGGCAGUGUGUGUGGUGGGCCUGCUGGGUAAUUCACUGGUGAUCUACGUGGUACUUCGCCACACCGUGAGUCCGUCAGUGACCAACGUCUAUAUUCUCAACCUGGCCCUGGCUGAUGAACUCUUCAUGCUAGGCCUGCCCUUCCUGGCUGCCCAGAAUGCCCUCUCUUAUUGGCCCUUUGGCUCCUUGAUGUGCCGCCUGGUCAUGGCCGUUGAUAGUAUCAACCAGUUUACCAGCAUCUUCUGCCUGACUGUCAUGAGUGUGGACCGCUACCUGGCUGUGGUGCACCCAACCAGGUCGUCCCGCUGGCGCACGGCCCCUGUGGCCCGGGCUGUGAGUGCUGCAGUAUGGGUGGCCUCAGCGGUAGUGGUGAUGCCUGUUGUGGUUUUCUCAGGAGUCCCACGUGGCAUGAACACCUGCCACAUCCAGUGGCCUGAGCCAGCUGCAGCCUGGCAGACGGGUUUUAUCGUCUACACAGCAGCUCUGGGGUUCUUUGGACCACUGCUGGUGAUUUGCCUCUGCUACCUGCUCAUUGUGGUCAAGGUGCGCUCGGCCAGUCGGCGGGUCCAGGUGACAUCCUCCAAGCGGCGGCGCUCUGAGAGGCGUGUCACCCGCAUGGUGGUAGUUGUGGUGGCCCUUUUUGUGCUGUGUUGGCUGCCUUUCUAUGUGCUGAACAUUGUCAAUGUAGUCUGUCCCCUACCUGAGGAACCUUCCCUUUUCGGCGUCUACUUCUUGGUGGUUGUGCUGCCCUAUGCCAACAGCUGUGCCAACCCCAUCAUCUACGGUUUCCUCUCCUACCGCUUCAAACAGGGCUUUCGGAGGGUCUUGCUUCGGCCUUCCAGGAGGAUCCGAAGUCAUGAGCCACCCACUGGACCCCCUGAGAAGACGGAGGAGGAAGAGGAAGAAGAUGAGGAUGAGGAAAGAGAAGCAAGAAAGGAGAUGAAUGGGCGUGUCAGUCAGAUAAGCCAACCAGGCCAUGGUGGGCAGGAGCAGCCACCCUGCAGACCGUGUGGCAGUGAACAGAAACCUCUCCCAGAGGAGCUGACUGGAGGGGAGAAAUCCACCAGUUUGCAGACAAGCUUUUUGUAAUCAAUGGAACAUAACUGAUCAAGGGAAAAGGAGAGAACUGGAGAGAGGAUGAGAGGGAAGGGUUUUGGGGUAGUGAAGGACCCUAGGCAUCCCUAAAGCCAAUCUCCACCAGUGGGGAGGGGACUAGGUGAUGAGGUCAGUGCUGAGGGAAGAGAUAGGGGGCUGAUGGAAGGGGGAAGUCCUGUGUACCCGAGGGCAAGUCACUUAACUUCUGGGUCCCUCAAUUUCCUCAUCUGCAAAAUGAAAAGUCUGGAUAAAAUUAUGUCUAAGAGCCUUUCUAGAUCUAGACCUAUUUUCUGAUGACCUUAAGUGGAAGCCAGAAAGGCACAGGCCUGACUGAGGUAAGUGCCCAUAAGCACUUUUCCAAGAAGCAGCCCCUUAAGUGUCUUGGAGACAGGGGAGUUUUUGGAUCUGGGAUGUAAUGGCUCCUGAAUGAUGACCCCUUUCUUCCCCAGAUGUGAAGAGACCACACCUGGAGUAUUGUGUCCAGUCCUGGGUGUUCCAUUUUAAGAGAAACAUUGACCAGUGGUACCCUGUCCAACGGAUGGUGGUCAAGAUGCGGAGGGGACUAGACUCCAUGCUCUAUGGGAGUUGGUUGAAGGAACUGAGUCUGACUCUCAGCUCUGCCACUUUUUACCUUUGUGACCCUAGUUAAGUCACUAAAUUUCUCUGGGACUCAGUUUCCUCUUUCCUCAUCUUUAAAAUGAGUAAGAUGAACCUCUGAGAUCUUUUCCAGUUUUUAAACUCUGGUUCAAUGAUGCUGUUACUUUACCUCUAUGACUCACUUUCUUUAUGUAUAAAACCAAGGGCUUGGACUAAAUGAUCUGGGAGCCACUCAGCUCUAAAGCCUAGGAAAACUUUCUCCAAAUACCUAAAGAACUGUUGUGUGGGAGAGGUGGCAGAUCUGUUCUGCCUGGCCCAGGGGGCAGAACCAGAAGCAUGGGGCAAGAGGCAGAUCUCAGUUCUACAUGAGAAGCUUGUCCAUAGGGGAGACAGGUUACCUCAAGAAGACCCCUUCCUCUUCGUCCUCCUCCUCCUCCUCCUUCUCCUCCUCACUGGAGGUCUUCUAGCCACUGCUGGAAGGGGUCAGAUGACCCCUCUUUGGGGAUGUUGUGUAAGGGAUUUCUGCUCAGGUAUGGGUUGGAUCAGAUGGCCACUGGGGUCCCUGCCAACUCUGACAUUUUUUGAUCCUUGAACCAACGUCCCUACCACUCUCAAGCUGAAAGUGAGUUCUUCUCCAUAUCUCCUGGUUGGGGAAGGGCCAGCCCUUAAGCUAUUUAUUUACUAGCUGAAUGACCUUGGGCAAAUCACUUCAUUUCUCUGGUGUCCAGUUUACUCAUUUGUCAAAUGGAAUGGUUGGACUAGAUGUCCUCUCCUUCCCAAAUCUAAGGUCAAUGAUCCAAUGAACCUCUUCCAUAUUUCCAUGCCCUGUCUCCCACCCCUUAGCUCCUUGGGCUACCAGUGUUUAACUGGUAGAAAGACACCUGGGAUGGAGAUAAGAAGUAAGUCUAGUCUCAUUGACUCAUCUAUUUUGAUGUUUUUAGUGGAUUCUAUUGGUCUAGGAAGUGGGAAGGAUGCAUUCUCAACCUCUCACUUGUCAUCCAUAUCUUAACACUGGGCUGACUCCACUGGGGAGGCUCCUUUGUAGUCUCCAGCAUCCUGGCUGAUGGAGAGUGAGGCAGGGGAGAGAAAGUAAGAGAGAAAGGGAGUUUGGAGGAAAGAGGCAGCUGUCAGGCAUGGGACAGAGCCUGGGGUGAGAGGCAGGAUGGAAAGAGAUCCCAGAGCUGACCAGGCAGAUCCUCAGAAGGUCAAUCUGUGGGGUCUAAGGGUCUAGGGUCUCUGGCCAUAUGAAUACAUGGGUUUAUAUGUGCCUAGAAGGGAAUAUUAGAGUAGAACAAUGAAAGGAGCUCAGGACUCAGAGUCAGAAGACCUGGGUUCUAAUCCUGGCCCUGCCAUCACAUAGCUGUGGGACCCUGGGCAAAUACUGUCAACCUCCCUAACCUUCAGAUUCUUCAUCUGCAAAGUGGGGGUGAUUUAUCCCUUCCCUGCCUACCUCACAGGGCUGUUGUGAGGGCCCCUUGGGAUGAUGGACAGGAAAUCACUCUGUAAAAUCUCAAGUGUGAUACAAGCUUCAAACGUGGAGGGCAUUUAAUAAAUGU